GAUGCCUUAGCUUCUCAAAUACAACUAAAAUUUCCCAUCCUUCGUUCGGCAUUUGGAAAAGUAAGAAGACAUGUGCUCUCUCGAGAAGCGCGGCAGAGUCUUCAUCCUAACCCUCACCGGCGACGGAGAGCACCGCCUCUCCCCCGAUGCCAUCGCCUCCAUACGCAACGCCCUCUCCCGUGCCAAGUCGGAGUCCUCCGCCGCCGGUGGGCGCGGAUUCGCUCUCGUGACGACCGCUGAAGGCCGGUUCUUCUCCAAUGGUUUCGAUCUCGCUUGGGCCAGAUCCGGUGGAUCCACUUCCAGCGCUCGAUCCCGUCUCCAAUCCAUGGUCACCCUUUUCCGUCCGCUAGUCGCCGAUCUCCUUUCGCUUCCGAUGCCGACUAUCGCUGCCGUCACCGGCCACGCCGCUGCUGCCGGUUUCAUGCUUGCGAUAAGCCAUGACUAUGUGGAGAUGAGGGGAGAUAGAGGCAUUCUAUACAUGAGCGAGAUUGAUAUCGGUAUGCCUUUUCCUCCUUAUUUCUUGGCUCUUAUGAGAUCGAAGAUUUCCGAUCACAAGGUUCUCCGUGAGAUCGUGCUUGAGGGGAAGAAGAUGGGCGCGGCGGAUGCUGUGGCAAAGAGGAUUAUAGAUGGGGCUCACGGCGGUGAGAAGGAGACUUUAGAGGCGGCUGUUCGGCGGGCGGAGGAGCUUGCGUCGAGAAAUUGGAUCGGGGAUGUUUAUGUUUCGAUUCGGAAAGGGUUGUUGCCGGAGAUUAGUUCUUCCGUAGGGUUUUCGCCGGAGACUGAUGAAGAUAGGAAUAAGCUGCUGUCGGAGUCGAAGCUGUAGAGCAGAGGAAUAAUUAUAAGGUAAUUUAAACAGUUCUGUCGUCUCUCUUUGGUUUGAAGAUGUAAUGAUAAGAACUAAUUAAAGAGUUCUGUCAUCUUUACUUGAGCUGCCGUGUGUAGGGCUGUAAUCGAGCAAUUCCAGUACGUCAUGGAUUAGAUUUGGCUUA